AUGCAGGUCAACUCCGUCCUGCUAGGCUUGGAGGUGCAGUACACCUCAUCGAACCUUCAGCCCAACCUCUCCUUCAUGUUGGGCAGCGUUCUGUUCGGAGUGUGGUUUAUUUUCGAAGUGUUCGUCCGGAUGUAUCACGCGGGCCCCAUCCAGUUCUUCAUGAAUGAUUCACGCUGGUGGAACAUUUGUGACCUUUUCCUCAUGGGAGUCAGCGUGCUGGAUAUUUGCCUGCUUCUACUUGGUGGUGCUUCGACAUCUCUGUCCAGCCUCAAAAUCUUGAAGAUGAUCAGAGUGGUUCGGCUUUUCCGAGUGUUCAGGUUUUUCCAACAGCUCGCCACAUUAGCCCUGAUGGUCGCAGAGUCUGUGAAGCAGCUCCUGUGGGCCCUUUCCAUGUUUGUCCUAAUCGUGUAUAUUUUCGCAAUUACGUUGACGAGCUCGUGCACAGACUGGCUAAAGUCACAGGUCGACUUCAGCAAAUCAGACUGGGAGUGGGACGUUGCGAACACAAGCCAACCUGGUGUUAAGGAAGUUCAUCACUUCUUUGGGAGUCUGCCGCGCAGCGGCUACACUCUUAUUCAGACAACGCUGGGAGGAAUUAGUUGGCACGAGGUUACAGAUUCACUUCUAUAUGUUGAUGCCAUCUCCUUUUGCUUGAUGUUCGCCUACUUGGUUUUCACUAUCCUGGCCCUGCUGAACGUUUUCACAGGUGUUUUUGUGGACAAUGCUGUCCAGAACUCCAAAAAGCAACGCCAGAUCCAGAUUGAGGAAACCCUGGAGAAGAAGCGCAUGGGGUUAGAUCAGAUCAUCGAAUUUUUCGUAGCCACAGACCUUGAUGGCGACGGAACGAUCAGCCUGCAUGAAAUCCAUGCGCUGUUGCAAGAUCCUGUGAUGAACGCUUAUUUCGACAUCAUCGGCUUCAGACCUGGAGAUGCUCAGAUGCUCGCCGACCUGCUAGACAGGGACGGAUCAGGUGCCAUCACCCUGAACGAGUUCAUAAAUGGUUGUGAGCGGAUGAAGGGUCAAGCCAAGGGUAUUGACGUGCAUCUACUGUUGUUGAAGUGUCACCACAUCUACGAGAAGUUGGAACGACUGGAUGUGCUUGCUCAUGGCACACCUUUCCAAGCAACCAAUCGCGAUGGCAGCAAAGGAAUCGUCUCAGCCGAGGCUUCACCGUAG